AUGUCUUAUUACGAUAAUCAGCAAUGGACCUCCUCAGGCCCUCAAGUUUGGGAACAACAAACACCACCAGCUCGGUCAGGUGCAAGCUCGGCAGUCCCACGUGAAGAUUCGAAUGCCUUUGCAACACAAAUAGAGGAGGUAGAUCGUGCCGUUGACAAUCUGGUUAAAAGCGGCAAAAUGUUCAAUACGUCCGGUCGGCGAGAGUCCAUGCCGGUAGUUGGAUGCCUACCAAGAGCAUACAUUGAACCAUCAUUGGAUCCCCGCAUGGGAGGGGGCCCUCCUAGACAUCAUUCUAUUAGUGAAUUUGGAGAUAAUCGAUCAUUCUCGGCGUCUAAUUUACAAAACUUCUAUGCUAGCCAGCGUCAUCAACCAUCUCGCGGCACUAACGAGGCCGAACAGGUUAUGCAGGCGAAGAGACGGAUGGCAGCUCAACGUGAGAGAGAGCUUCGGAAUUAUCAUCAAGAGCAGCAGUAUAAUCGAAGUGUAACAGCUGAGAUUACAACGUUUACUAGUAAGGCUGAUCGAAACAUCAGCCCGAGCGCAGGAAUGAAAGAUGAAGAUCGUAUCGAGUUAAUUAACCGUCAGCGCAGUACCAUUUACACAGAUGGUCCAUCGUUCGCUAGCGAUGGAGGAUUCGAAGAAGCCGCAGGUCGAUCUCAAUGUAACACCCAACCAGGUAAUGGGUUACGCGGCCACUCACCGCGUGCCUACGAGCAGAUUAAAACCCACGCUAUGAGCGAAAACGGCCAGUCGCAGGGCGAACCUAAACUAGUUAACACUCAAGUUUCUGGGCAGCAAAAAUCACGCGCUAACAGUGUGUCGUCUCCGUCCCAUGCCCCUGGUAGUUAUAGUAUAUUUGAUUCAAAUAAUCAACAAUCAAACCGCACCUCUACAUCUUCGCCCGUUGAGUCACCUCGUCCGGGAGGAAAGCAAUCUUCAAGCUCCGGCGUUGCCCCAAUUGGAACUCGUCCUAGUGGACAAACUAUGAAUGCAACGCACGGUAAACGAUCUACGACACCCUUACCAUCGCCAUUGAGCUAUGGAUUCGCCGCUAAUGAAGCACCGCAAGGUGAACUUGAGGCUCAACACGGCAAUGCCAAUUCCAAUCAAAAUGGACAAGGCCAGCAGGAACUUGGUCUUGGGUGGGGUAAGAGUAGUGUUUGGGGGAAUAAAUCUUCACUUGGCGUACAGGCCCCUGUAUGGGGAUAG